AUGGCUGAAGUAGUUCGAGUUUUAUCUAGCGCCAUCACAUUCGCGACCCUUGCAAUCCAGGUCGGGAAGUUGGUUCAGACAUUGAAAGACUACUGGGAUGCAAUACGCGACGCUCCUGCUCAUCUCAAGUGGCUAGUACGAGAGAUCGAAGUGUUCGGGUCCAUAAUGGCUGAUGUUGACGCGGACCUGACACGAUACCCUGUCGCAUUAGCCAUGACAAAUUGUCGACAUGCUUUACAAAGCUUACGAUUCUGCAAAGAGGCUGUGGAUGUCUUGAACGUGCUCUGUGAGGAUAGUCUACAAGACGUCGGCUCAUCAAAUAGGUUGCGCAGGUCCUACCAAGCUGUCAAGAUAGUGCUACGCCAACGGAAAGUUGAGAAGCAUAUUUCAAAACUACCUAAUGUGGCCCGUCUACUUAUGCUAUCACAGCAAUGCUAUACAAAGAGUACGGUCUACGCCUAA